AGUAGGCGAUUGUCAAUACGGAGCCCUACGUGUGCGUCGGCAGUGACUUCACAUACCCUCAUUUCGUCUCGUAGGCUAUCAUACGUUGUUGUGUGCUAAGGCUGAGAAGCAGGAUUGGUGCUGACAUUUGUGAAGAAUUCGGAUGUGUUGAGUCGUGAGCAGCAAUGCUUUAGGUUUGUGAUGGCAGCCUCCUGAAGCAGUAGACCUGGUUGUGUGGGAGGAGGUGUUUACAGUUACCACUGUAUUGGAUGAUGGCAGUAACUGUGAGGCCUUGAUCCUCAUCAAUUCCCCAUGUGUACGAUGAAUAGCACAGUAUGGCCCCUGGACCUGGCUGAGGUAUCAAGACGCCAGCUAUUCAACAGCAGCCUGCCAGGUCCAGGCUCCUCUGGCAACUGGGCUCUGAUUCACAAGGCCACUCUGACCUCCUGCUCCCUUCUCCUCAUCCUCAUCUUCUCUCUGGGCUCCUACGGCAACCUUGUGGUGUUCCUCUCCUUCUUCGACCCGGCCUUCCGCAAGUUCCGCACCAACUUUGACUUUAUGAUCCUCAACCUGUCCUUUUGCGAUCUGUUCAUCUGCUGCGUGACCGCUCCCAUGUUCGCGCUGGUGCUCUUCCUGGACGCUGGUGGGAGCAGCAGUGCCGGUGGUGGUGGUGGGGUCUCCAAGGGCUUCUGUUUCGCCUUCCACCUGACCAGCUCGGGCUUCAUAAUCAUGUCCCUGGAGACGGUGGCCGUAAUUGCUCUGCACCGGCUCCGUAUGGUCCUGGGCCAGCAGCCCAACCGCACGGCCUCAUUCCCCUGCACCAUAGCACUGACCGCUAUGCUGUGGACCUCCAGCUUCACCUUGGCCAUGCUCGUCACCCUGCGGGCCUACCCCCGCAGCACCGGACCGUGCCUGCCUCACUUCGGACUGACUGGGAACCGGGCCAAGGUAGUGCUGUAUGUGUACCUGGCAGAUUUUGCCUUCUGCGUGGCGGUGGUGGCAGUCUCCUACCUGCUGAUCGCCCAGGCGCUGAGGAAGAACGCCCAGGUGCGGAAGUGUCCCAUUAUCACAGUGGACGCCACCCGGCCUCCGCCUCCACCGCCCCCGUUCAUCGCCUCGGGCCUGGAGGCCAUGCAGUGCACCGUCCCGGUCCCUUCCCUGUACCGCAACCAGACCUACAACAAGCUGCAGCACGUUCAGACCCACCCUUUCGUCAAGAGCGCCAACCAGGUGCAGCUGGUGCCAGGGGCUGCCCAGGGGGCCACCAGCUGCCAGCUGGUCUCCACCGUCAACCUGGCCACGGCGAAGGACUCCAAGGCCGUGGUGACGUGCGUGGUGAUCGUCAUCUCUGUGUUGCUCUGCUGCCUCCCCAUGGGCGUAUCGCUGGCCCAGGACGUCCUGUCGCCCGAGAGCAACUUCGCCCACUACCAGUUCGAGCUGUGCGGCUUCGCCCUCAUCUUCCUCAAGUCAGGCAUCAACCCGUUUGUGUACUCGCGCAACAGUGCCGGGCUGCGCCGUCGCGUUCUCUGCUGCCUCCAGUGGCUGGCGCUGGGAUUCCUGUGCUGCAAGCACAAGACGCGGCUGCACGCCAUGGGCAAGGGCAGCCUGGAGGCCAACCGCAACAAGUCCUCGCACCACGAGACCAACUCGGCCUACGUGCUCUCACCCAAGCCCCAGCGCAAGCUGGUGGACCAGGCCUGUGGGCCCAGCCAGUCCCGUGUCACCAUGGCCAGCCCCAGGACCAUGGGCGGCGGCGGUGGUGGUGGGCGCAUGCCCCGGCCGCCCAGCACGUCCACGCCCAUCAACACGCGCAUCGAGCCCUACUACAGCAUCUACAACAGCAGCCCCUCCGCCGGGCCUAGCUCCCCCACCAACAGCCUGCAGCCCGUCCACUCGCAGACCAUGGGCUUUGCCAAGUCCUACAUGGCUAUGCACUACCACACCCACCAGGAGGUGCUGCAGGACCUGGAGAGCACCACUGCCCAGCAGAUUCCCGUGCCAUCCGUCUAAAGGACUGACAGGCCAACUACAAGAAGAAGGAGGAAGAGCUUGAUGUGGCUACUCAUCCCAAAGGCAUCUUCCUCUCCUGGGCCUGUCACAAGUGAUUUAAAAAUGGACCUGAAAGACAAGGUAGUACAGCACCUGUCUGCCCUUUUUUUACACUAUAACAGGCUUUUUCUUGUUGAGUGUACACUAAGGAGGGAAUUAAAUUAAGAAUUAAAGAGAAUAAGCAGAGCUAAACACACUGAAAUUGUGUAUAGUUUGUGUGCUUGUUUUAUGUAUGAUUUCAAAAUGAAGACACACCACUUUGGAAACAGUCCGUUUUGAAAGAGACUUAAAAAGGUGCUGACUAUCCUAAAGGGUGAUUGACAGGACUGAGCAAAUUAUAUUUUUACAUUGACAUGACAUUUUUCAUAUUGUAAUAUUUAGACAGUCCUAUUCUUCAUGAAAAUACUGUACUUGUGGAAGUAUCAUACAUUUUCUAAAACGUAUUAAAUGUUUUGCAAGUG